AGAGGCCUGGUGCUGAGAGUUGUGCCCAAAUUGGCGAAAUAUUUUAAUGUCACUGUUGUGCCUCAAGAAGGUGGCGGAGAGUACUUCAAAGUGUUGAAAGCAGAUGGUGAGGACCAGGCAGUGGUUACUGGCAGUUCUGGUGUUGCGUGUGCCUGGGGACUCAAUCAUUACCUAAAACACUUCUGCGGGACCCACUUGAGCUGGAAUUUCGGUGUGGAGAAUGUUUUUGAAGGGGAUUUGCCACCUGUUGAUAUUCUCAUCAACAUCUCUCCGAGGUGAGUAAAGUUGGACGGGACAGUGAUCUUGGCUCAUUUAUUUAAUCUUUUUUUUUUGUCUGAAGACCAGAACGAGUAAAUAAAUGCACUCGAAUUGUCUGUAGGAAAUAGAGUGGGAACUGUGCUGAUGAUUAUUCUUCUCCACUCGAAAGACGCUGAAAAAUACGGUUAAACCUCGAAAACUCGAAUAUCUUCCGAUUUCGAAAUUUUUAAAAGUCCCUUUCUGAA